UUUGAUAAAAGUUUAUUUUUAAAACACCCCUUUAAGUUUUUCUCCCUGGUUAAAACUAAAUAUGCGAAAAAUGAUUUUUCUUUUAAUUGGGACAAUUUAUGGUUCUUUUAUAUUACCCGGUUGACGAGUCGGAUUUCGCCCCAGUCUUAUCGCGGAGGCCGGUUUUCUUUAAAUACAGGCUGAACACGAACCGGCCCUCUGUUUUAGGGGGCCUCCUCCUGGGCCUUGCAGAAAAGGGUUGCCGCCCCUUUCUCCCCAUCCUCAUUCCUCGCAGGACCUGAACCGGGGGUGGAACUCGGGAGAUGAGCCCCCGUUGAACGGUGGACCAGAGAUGGACGAGUGCCAGACAGUCAAAGAAGAACCGGACCUGAGGUACGGGACAAGCGAGGACGACGAUGAAGACACGGACAUCCCGAGAUGCGGCAUAUCAUUAGAGCAGUUCAAGACUCGCAUUAAGGAAGAGAUGGUCGAGGGCUUGGCGCAGGAUUGCGAAGGUUUCACCAAGGACAAGUCGCAAGAAGAAGAAGGCGAUGAGAAAGACGCCGAAAACGAUCUUGAAGAUGAGCUUGAGUACAAAGUUGCACACUUUCUCGCAGAGACAAGUGUGAGUAGGCGCAGGCAGAAAAAGUCAGGAAAAAGCUCGAUUAAAUCGGCGUGCAAAUUCAAAUGCAACCAGUGUUCUGCACUGUUUCGUUACAAGUCUACUUUGACGUAUCAUAUGAAGUCGGAAUGCGGUACAGGAGUGAUAAUGGCAGGUUCGAAAGUGGUGAGAAAUUCGCCCGCACUGUGCAACAUAUGCAACAAGCAGUUGUCGUCGCGCACGUCAUUGAUGGUCCACCUGCGCAUCCACACUGGCGAACGGCCGUUCGGCUGCGCCGAAUGCGGCCAAUCGUUCUCACAGAACGCCCACUUAAAGGACCACGUCUCCCGGCUACACUCGCAGGGGCCGCAUCAUGUUUUCCUAUGUCGGAUAUGCAACAAGACGUUUACGGAAAGGGCGAGCCUCCGGCUCCACAUGGACGAGCAUGUUGGCCAGCAGCGACCGUUCCAAUGUGACAUAUGCAAACGCCGCUAUCAGACCCAGGAACGCCUCUCCUCUCACUCUUGUCUCACUGAAAACAAGACAAAUCGCAGGAGGGGGCUGUUGUGCUCAGCAUGUGGGUUCAUCGGCUCAUCCCGCUCCUCAUUGAGGGAUCAUCUCGCAACACAUCCUCUCCCAGUAACGUGCCCGCGUUGCAACAAUUCUUUCGAAUCACUACCAGCCUGGAGGAAGCACAACAGGAGAUACCAUAGGUCAAGGCAGAGCAAAUGUUCGUACUGCUCUAGGACUUUUCCCUCUGAGUAUGAUGUGAGAGUACAUGAGAGGACUCACACAGGUGAGAGGCCUUACACUUGCACGUUUUGCGGCCGGUCUUUCGCCCGUAAAUCUAUUCUUGACGUUCACACCACGUUGCACACGGGUAGGUGCGAUUACGUUUGUUCCGACUGUGGGAUGGCGUUCAACCGCAAAAGCAAACUUGACGUACACAAGGCCGAACACACGGACAUCCACGUCGAAUGCGAGAUGUGCGGAAAGACAUUCAAAUGCAAAGCUUAUCUCAUGACGCACCUCAAGACGCACGACAGAGGUUUCUUGACUUGUUCGCGGUGCUCUAAGGUCUUCACGACGCGCCGGACACUACGUACACACCUGAAUAGAGGAAACUGCGUGCCGCCGGUUCAACAGGUGCCUGCUGACCUGUCUGCCGAAGCGAAUAAAACCUAAGUAGAAACACGGUCAGAUUGUUAAGACGAUCCCUUUGAAAGUUUGUCCUCAUUUUAUCAUUGUUACUUUUUACUAGUCUUAUUUUUUAACGUUUCAAUUUGGGUUGACGCAUUUUUGCUUUCUCCUCUGGGUCUGAAAUAAAGGGUGAGAAUGUUCAAACAUUAUUAUUGGUCCAAGAAGAAAUGUAUAAUUUUUUUCUCCUUCUAAAAGUUUAUCAUUGUAUAUGUUCAAAAGUGAAGUUUGACUUUAUUCAACUUGAACUCACCCUGGGAUGUUUCCUGUGAUGUGUGAUGUCCUAAAGAAAAAACCUAUUAGCUUAAUUGUAGUUGAAUUGUUUAAAAAGAUAUUUUAUAUUUGUUAAACUAAUAUAUAAAUAUAUAGGUAAUUUGUUUAAAAUUUUUGUCAUUAGGGGGCAAAAAAAAAAAUCUAUAAAUUAUUUAUGAAACAUACGAGUGAGUGAAGUUUGUUCUUUUGUUAUCAUUCGACUCUAGACAUUUUCUGUGAUAAUUUAAAUAUCUCUACACAUUUAAAACAAAAGUUACCGCAAAAAAAAUUAAAUAAAUAAAAUAUAUUAGAUAAAGUACCAUUCGUUUUUUUUCCCUAUGAGAAAGAACGUAAAGGUUACUUUUUCUGGGUAGUGGGCGGGCUUAUUGUAAAAUUUAGUGAUUCCCCCAUAUAUGUAUUUAGUAGUCAUAAUUGA